UUUUUUUCAAAAUAUUUUUGAAGUGAAACUUCUUUAGGCGCGUAAUGGAUUUUCGGGGACGGAGUAAAACCGAGUCAGGAUCGACACGAAAAUGCGAGUACCCCACCCCCCUCACCGUUCACUGUCCCUCUCUCACCAUAUGCGCUUGUUGAGGUGGGAGAGCCGCUCACGAACGUUGUCUCUCUUCUCUUCUUUCCUCUCUCUUCUUUCCUCACCAGCGAACUGCGCCACGCCAAGCAUUAGCUGCUUGGUUAGUAUACUGCGUCGAGAGUGUAAUACGAGUGAAAUACGUAAUUGAUUGUGGUUCAUACGGUUUGGUACAGAAUUUCAGUGUUAAAAAUGAGUAGUGACGAGAUAGACGUGAUGAACACAUCAGUGGCACAAGAGCAAAUAUCCCCUGAGAAUCACCAAAGAAGAGGAGAGUCUGAUUCACACAGUGAUGACAAUAACAUAAGGAAUGUCGUUAGAAUCAAAGCAAUGGACAACAUGCGGAACAGACAGCGGAAAAAAGAAUUAAAGCCUCCCAAACCUCAAGCUAAAACGGCAGCAGAACGUUGUAAAGCAUACAGAGACCGUCAAAAACUUCGGCAAUCUGCGGUAGCUGAAGCUAUAACACCUGCUCCAGUUCCAUCAAAAAAACCGAAAAUCGUUCCAAAUUCUACGUGUACUGCGAAUUUAUUGAGUCCCAAUGAUGGUCCAGAAUACGUCCUACAUGCAGCACAAAUACAUAACCAACAUAACCAACAGAAUGUACACGAUGACUAUGAACUCCCGAAUAGAGAAUCAAUGAGUGAUGUUGAUUCCGACAUGGAUAUUGGAGAGCAUUUCGAUGGGCCACCGAUAGAAUUUGAUAAUGACUUUGUGCCUCCCUAUAGUGGCUAUGUGAACCACAAAUUUGCACAUAAACAAUUUCAAAAAAUGUUUGUGGAAAAUCCUUUCGGCUAUGCUUGCAGCGUUUGCGAUCGGCUUUGGUUCGAAAAGGAUUUAAAAAAGGCGACAUCCGCUGAUGAAACGAUGCUUAAAAAAAUAACGGCUCUUGCGAACAUUGCUGAUGCAAAACUAUGUACUACAUGCAAAAGGAGUAUGCAGAAUAAGAAAAUUCCAACGCUAGCGACCUUCAAUGGCUUCAAAUAUCCGGAAAGACCAGCCUAUUUGCCUCAACUCAACCUCAUUGCUGAAAGAUUAAUUUCGCCUAGACUACCAUUCAUGCAAAUACGGCGAAUAAGACACGUUAACGGUCAGUUCUGCAUAAGUGGCCAGAUCAUCAAUGUUCCUGUCUCGGUAGAUAAUAUGGUGAGCGUUUUGCCAAGACAUGUGGAUGACGAUUUUUGCAUCAACGUACACAUUAAAAAGAAAUUAAUCCAUAAGUCGAGUUAUUUGCAAGGGUUGGUGAAAAAAGAAUUUAAGUGCUCACGUAUAUAUCUCGCACUUUAGUUACCAUAACCCAAUUAUCACGACAUUAGGAAAUGAUAUUCAUGAAAUUGACAAUGAAAAUGGCACAUGAUUGGUAAAUUGUCAUUGUAAUUUCUUUGUAAUUUUUAAGUGUAAUAUUGUUAUUUAUGUAAUAUUGUAUACUUGUGAAUAAAUUGAAAAUUUUUGGAACUACACAUUAAUCGAACGUCUUUCAUCUAAAAGAAAAUAUUAGAAAGAGCAAAUUCAUGCUUCGUCGUAGAAUUAUUUAACCUCUAAUUUUCAAACUAACCUAAGAGAGAAAAUAGAGAUGA